GCUCAACGAAAAUCUAAUCAACACCGAUCUGAGCAGCUACUCACCGUAGUGUGUAGCCACGGUGCUAAAAAAGUUCUUACGGGAGUUGCCCGAUCCGAUCAUUCCGGUUAUGUUUUACGACAAAUUCGUCGUAAGCCUCAAUAAUUACCAGUGAUGCGUAGCAAUCCGAUUGCAUCCCCUGGAUCUGCCAAUUUACCACAACAUGACGCUCAAGUAUAUUGUGAUCCAUCUGAUACGAAUAUGCCAAAUGCAGUACCAGCGGGAACUGAAAGAGGAACCGACAAUACUGAUACAAGUGUGGUGCCAUAUUCUAAUGCGUCCUCCUAGGGUGAAAAUUGUUCAAAUUGUGUAUAACACGAAAAACCUGCGAAUAAUGGAACUGUUGCUCUACAAGCUGAACUGGAACGAAAAACUACCAGAAUUUCUGUCUGCUCCUGCGGUACCACCACGGAAAAUCUCCCGAAGUAUGGCUGUGUUACAGCACCAGCAGCAGCAACAACAAAUACCCGGUUCAUCCACUGUUUUACCAGCAGCAUAGGCUACUUCAAAAAGCCUGCGAUCACAUCCACGGCAUCUGUGAUAGGAGAGCCCUUGAUUGGGGUGUAUAAUAA